CCCUGGCCGAGUAGUGGCUGGAUAAUGUUUCAUUUUCUGACAAAGUCAAUUCGGCAAGCGAUUGGCCUGCAAGCCUAUCGGCCCCUGUACUGCCUGCUGUACGGCCAGGAGUCGGAGGACGAGCCUUGGCUGAAGCCCGUGCGCUGUGUGGGUCGACUGCUGGUGGGCCUGUUCCUGGCGUAUCUGCUGUGGGGUCUGGUGGCCCUGAACUUCAAUCUGAGCCGCUGGCUUGCCCCCCUGCCCGUGCACGUGCCCGUCUUCGAGGUGUUCAUGCUGCUGAAUGGACUCGCCUUCAUGCUGAUCCGCAGUGUCCGGGCCGUGACAUUGCUGAUGUUUGUGGCGCUUGUGGGUAAGUCGGGACGCAGUUACCUUCGGGCCAUUGCCUUUGCCUUUGUGAUUGCGGGACCCAUCGAUAACCUCGCCUCGAAUGCGGGUGAGGUGGCCCGGGUCUUUGCCUGCACCACGGUCCUCACGUACAACCUGACCAAGACGCGCUUCGAUCUGAUGGCCAGACCCUUUACGAACACGCUGCAGCACAUGCGGGGCGACAUAGCGGAGAUACGGAACACUUUUCGGGAGCUGGAGGAGGUCUGAGAGCUCAAGUACGCCGUAGAGCAGGAAUCUCCCGACGAGGAUGAGGAUGGAAUAUACCACACGACUCCUCCGCAGUCGGAGCUGCCGUCGGCCGAUGCGGUGCGGGAGAACUUCCUUCGCAACAUGCGGCAUCGUUGCAAGCAGCAGCUGGGCAGUGGCAUUCGCGUCUGCGAGGAGGUCUUCCGCAAGGGCUACCAGAAGUGCAGCACAAACUUUCCCGACUUCAUGGCCGCCGCCAUCUGCUGGCCCUACCGCGUGGACAUCAUCUGCCGGCUGAAUCUCUUUGGCAGUCCGGACAAAAUCUGCGACGCCUCGGAGGUGGUGCCGCAGAACUUUGGCCAGGCCUACGUGGACAUGCUGAGCACAGAGCGGGAACUGUUCGAUGCCAGCGCCGACAUUGAGAUCUUCUACGAGCUGAGGAACGAGACGGCAAAGGGUCAGCUGCUGACGGCCCAGCAGACCUCGGAGGCAUUCAUGAAGGACUUCAAUCGUCGGAAGCGCAUCUUCAGGGCCACCAUGCUGAUCCUCGAGAAGUUCCUGUGCCUCUUCCUCCUGCGCGUGAUCUACGCCUCCAUUCGAUACUAUUUUCUGUAUCGCGGCAACGUGGAGUUUGACAACUUCUACAUCACGGACUACUUCAAGCACAUCGAUGCAGAGCGCAAGGCCAACGCGAAGCGUUCGAUCCUGCCGCUGCACAGCCACGAGCGGGCCAACUAUGUGGAUGUGGCACACGUCUGCAGUCGCACAGCGGAGGAGUCCCGCACGGUGAUAUAUCAUCUGUUGCAGCUGUCGCUGGAGGUGAUCACCGCGGCACUGUUUCUGCUGCUCGAUCACAUGGUCGUCGGUCUGCUGCAGAUCAUUCGCCAGCGAUCGCUGGUCACGUACCAACAGGAGGGCGAGCACGAGAUUCGGUUUCAUAUAAAUGGCACUGGCUUGAUGGCUCGUCUGCUGCGCACCACCAUGCGAAAUUUCAACAUGCACGAGCGCGUCUCCACGUCGCUGAGCAACGAGGAGUGUCUGCCCAAUGCCCACAUCCUGCCGGAGAGGUUCUACUACAGAUUGAUGCUCCUUUAUUUGGCCAUUGUGCUGCUGAUCUACCAGAGCACCACCUUCCUGCGGCUGCGUCGCGUGAUCUGCAGCUACUUCUACCACAAGCGCGAGAAGCAGCGCGUCCUCUUCCUCUACAACUCCCUGCUGCGCAAUCGCCUCUCCGUCUUUGAGCUCCUGCGCCACAACGCCGAGCAGAACCUGGCCGCGCGUCAUGUGCAGGACAAUCUCAACCUCUUCCUGCGUUUGCGUCUCCUUUGUCCGAGUGUCUUUGGCUGCCUGCAGCACCUGAGCUGCGGCAAGCGGAAUUGCAUCAUUUGCGAUGCUCUCGAAGAUCCGGACUUUGUCCUCUGCGCCGGCUGUGGCCUGCCCUACUGCCACGAGUGCAGUGUGAUGCUGAAGAACGUUUGCAUAAAGUGUGGCCUGGCCAUAAGCUUCCAGCCAUUCACCAAGGUCGAUGAGGCCUGGUCCGAUGGCAGCAGCGUGGUGUUGUAUGACUUUCGAAAGGACAAAUAGAUGACUCGAGGCAUGCAGGGAGUGUGUGUAAAUGCCAUUAACAAGU